GCAAGAUGCCAUGGCAGCUUGCUGCUGGAGCUGUGGUUUAGGCUGCAGAAAAAAACAGAAAGGGCAAAGUACUAAAUGAACUCCUGCACUCUACUUAGUAGCUUAGGGGAGCAGGGGGUGUCAGAGCCCUAAAAGCUGCAUAUCAUGAGCACUUGGUGGGAGAAGGACAUGUACCUGAUUAUUUGGAGAACUAUCAAGACUGGUGUGGAAAACAAGGCCUGCGCCAUCGCCUGCAGGCAGGAACCUUGGUGCAGCCCCAGGCCCUCCGAGGCAGCACCGGCCGAGACCGCGCCCGGAACCUUGAUGCAGAGACACCAGUUUCCGGCGGGCUCCUUAGCGGGCUGGACGGCUUCGGGCCGCAGGACCAUGAGAGGGCCAGAGCCGGGCCCCGAACCAGCGAUGGAGGGGGACGUACUGGACACUCUGGAGGCGCUGGGGUAUAAGGGACCACUGUUAGAAGAGCAAGCACUUACUAAGGCAGCAGAGGGUGGACUGUCUUCACCGGAAUUUUCAGAACUCUGUGUUUGGUUAGGCUCUCAAAUAAAAUCAUUGUGCAACUUGGAAGAAAGUAUCACUUCAGCUGGGAGAGAUGAUCUGGAGAGCUUCCAACUUGAGAUAAGUGGAUUCUUAAAAGAAAUGGCAUGUCCGUAUUCUGUACUCAUAUCAGGAGAUAUUAAAGACCGUUUAAAAAAGAAGGAUGACUGUUUGAAACUUUUAUUAUUUUUAAGUACAGAGCUUCAAGCUUUACAGAUACUACAGAACAAGAAAUGUAAAAAUUCUCAAUCAGAUAAAAAUAGUGAAAUUCAUCAGGAAGUUCAGGCUAUCUGUGAUGCCCUGGGUAUACCCAAGUCAACAACUUCUGACAUUCCACUUACACUAAACCAAGUGGAAACAAAGGUGAAGGAUAUUCUCUCAAAAGUGCAAAAAAGUCAUGUGGGAAAACCAUUGCUGAAAAUUGAUUUAAAUCUGGAACAGGCGAAGCAGCUAGGAAAAAUUAAUGAUGCUCUUUCCUGUGAAUAUGAGUGCCGCCGGCGGAUGCUGAUGAAACGAUUAGAUGUGACAGUGCAAUCUUUUGGCUGGUCUGAUAGAGCAAAGAUAAAAACAGAUGACAUAGCAAGAAUUUACCAGCCUAAGCGUUAUGCUUUGUCACCCAAGACUACAAUUUCUUUGGCCCAUUUACUUGCUGCUCGUGAGGAUCUCUCUAAGAUCAUUAGGACAAGUAGCGGCACCACCCGAGAAAAGACAGCCUGCGCUAUUAAUAAGGUGCUGAUGGGACGGGUCCCCGACAGGGGAGGACGCCCGAACGAGAUUGAGCCGCCACCCCCCGAAAUGCCCCCUUGGCAGAAGAGACAGGACGGCGGUGGACGGGGCGGCUGGGGUGGGGGGGGGGGCGGGGGCGGGGGCGGGGGGGGCGGCUGGGGCGGGGGCGGCGGCGGCUGGGGCGGGGGCGGGGGAGCAGGGGGAGGCUGGGGCGGUGGGGGCGGGGGGAGAGGAGGCUUUCAAGGCAGGGGCAGCUACGGCGGCAGGGGCGGCCACGGCGGCGGCAGAGGGUACGGGGAUCCCUACGGAGGGGGCGGGGGCGGCUACAGGAGGUACUGAAGCUGCGGAGGCGUCAGACCCCCGUCCCGCGGAUGCGCUUGACGCCGCCGCCUGGACGUGAGCCCCAGGUUAGCAGCCCCAGGUUAGAGCGCGUCGGGGCGGGCUGCUCUGCGAGGACCUUGUUUUCUACCGCCCUCGCGCCCCCACGCAGCGCGGCCCUUGUCCUGUGUACCCUCAGCAUGUUGUCUUUUUAAAAGAGUAAAAAUUAUUUUUAAAAUUGUAAAUAUUUAUUACCAUCGAACUUGGGAAAUGGAAAGUAUUUUACUGUCACGACUGAAUUUAGAUUGCUGCCUGUAUUUUAUUCAGGUUUGGGACUCAUAAAUUACCCCACUUGUAAUAGAAAGGAUAUGGCCUCAUUUCAUCUGUAUUCCUCUGCACUGUGUUUGUGUUUGUUAAUUCUGCUUUACAAAAUAGGGAGAGAGACUGAUAGUUUUGUUCCAUAAGUAGUUGUAAGGACAUGAUUUAUCUUUCACAGGAGGCAAUUCUCUGGCCAGGUUUCCAGUGAAGUUCCUUUAAUGAAAGUCCAGUCUGUGUUUUGCUGUGCAUAUUUGAUUAAUUUUCUAAUUGGAUUUGAAAUCUGAUUUUGUUUUGACUAACAAAGGAAAGUUAAAGAUGAUAAUUACUCUAAAGGGAGAAAGACUAAAUUUUACCUGAUGUGAAAAGCAGUCAUAGAAGCUUCUCAUCAUUUGUGCUGUAACUGGGGAUCUGCAUAUAAAAGGCAAACUGAAAACACAUACAAAUAAGUAAAAGAGGCAGGCUGAACUGUACUAAACGGUAUCAGAGAAGUAAUUUUCAGUUUCAAAAGAUCAGAGGGAGAGGUAAUCAUCCCUUGGUGAUUCUGCUACACAGGAAGAUUCGGGAAACAUGGUUAGGGAAUGUCAGUCAAAGGCUGGGGGAGAGGAGUUCUGAAUCGAAAUCGUGGCACUGACCCAGGGAUGCUAGAAGCUGAAAUGACCGUGGCCUCAAGGACUGACUUGUCCUCAUCUGUUAAAUGAGGAAUGUGACACUUGUCCCCGACUCGGGUGGUUUCAUAAAGACCCAAAUACUACUGCCAUUUGUUGAGAAUUUAGAGGAUGUGUGUGAAUGGUUAAAGGGGUACAAUAAAUGCAUUUUUUGCUUAGUAUAGAUGAUUAAGAGAUAGCCACACGAUUGUUCAGUGCCACUGUAAAAUCUGUGCCCCAUUGUAGCCUCCUGAUCAGUACUUUCGCAAUAACCACUUUUUGUGAUCAAAUCAACUUGGCAUAAUAGAAAGCUGAGUAUUGGUAGACAAAUGGUAUUUGAUACUUGGCAGUUUUAACAGUAAAUGGAGGUGAAAUCUAAAAUGUUAAAAAUAUUCAAAGUAAACGUUGUGUGUACUGUAGUCUUGGCCAUGUAUUUUUCCAGCUAGCCCUUCAAAGAAAACUGUUUAGGAUAGGAAAACAUGUUUUCAGUUAUUUGUAAACUUAGAUUUUUAAAAACGUGUUUAUAUUUAAUGAAGAUACUUAAUUUCAUUUGUGAUACUUGAAGGAAAUGGCUUUCCAUAAUUAAGGAAACACUUUUGUGAGUAGCUAUGAAUUCUGGAAAAUAAAUACUUUUUAAAAAAUAUACAAGGCCACAGGAGUAAAAUAUUUCAAAAGAGCUAAUAGUUAAAACAAUGUUCAUUUAAAACCCUUACCUUUCUGCUUCAUUUCUUUUGAGAGGACUUUAGUUGCUUAUAUAAAAGGGAAAUUUACAACUGCUUUCAACCUUUGUCACUAAAGUCUAUGACAUAUAAUGACAGACAUUAAUUUUUGUAAGAUUGCUUUGUAUCUUCAUAGGGGUGCUGUUCGGUUAUCUGUUGCACUCACUGCAAAGCUUAACCACAUACAGUGCUUGUUCUUGGAAUCAUGUUGGAGCUGGAACCACUCCUGUCUGCACAUUCCUGUCAACAGCACUUGAAUGGAAAGCUAAGUGUUCUAGACUCUGAUAUUUUAGUGUUCUCUAUAAGGUAUGAUUAUGAUGAUAAUUUUUAUUCAGUAAAAUUUGUUUUGUAGAAGAGCGAGUGUGCUGAGCAGUAUCUAGACUAGCAGUCGGGCAGUUUGGGACCUUCAUGUGGUAAUGUUUUGUAAUUCAAAUGCAAUAUAAAUGUGGAGUAUAAUGACUGGCACAUGACUGGUUUCUAAAAUCUAACACCCUCUUUUUUUGCCUGGUUCUCAAUUUCAAUUUUGCUUGCACUUUGUUUUCUCUCACCUUUUUUCUUCUCUUUGUCUUGGUUUUGGCCUUUGCUAUUUAAUAGCACCAAUUAGACUUGAACUUACUAGGAUUAAAGAAGUAACUGACCACUUAUCUGGAUCUUAUAAAGACUCUUUGUCUUGUCCAUACACAAUCACCAAAUUUUUACACAUAGGCUCUCAGCAAAAGAAGGGCUCAGGUGCUUUCUUUGCACCUAUACCCUUGUGUUCUGCAAAUCAGGGAAACCUUGCCUCACUAAACAGGAAGACGUUGAAAAUCAAAUUGUAAUUACGUAUUUGUGUCAAAAGGAGGUAAGAUAACCUAAAAAAGCUGAAACUAGCGAAUGUUUUGAGCAAUGACACCACCUAUCUGUUGUAAGGAGCAGAGAGUAGAAAUAUUUGGGAUGCGAAUUGGGGGCAGAGUAGAGGGAGGCCGUUUGACAACCUGGCCUUGCAGGAUAGCAUUAGUGUGACUUCGUUAUUUUGUCUGAAGUACUAUGAAUUGCUAAAAUGAGAAAUAUACUUGCAUCCAAAUGUACCAGAAUGCAUUCCCCACUGGAAUUUGAGUGAUUGAAAUGCCUCUCCCCAGCCCUGCAUUCAUUUGGUUAAACAAAGAUUAGCUGGGGAUGAAGACAAUAUUGUAGCUGAAUUGUACAUAAUUAUGAGCACAAAUUAACUUCUCUGGAUGAGUCUGUACACUGGCUUAAAUCAUCUACAAUUUGAUACACACAUUCAAAGUUUCUAUUAAAACUGUGGAAUUAAAGACUAAACCUGCAGUGAAAUAAUCCUUCAGAGUUGUCCAAAGUAUUCAUCGGUUUAAUAUUUAGGGAUCACUGUAAGUCAUGGGGUUAAGUUGGAUAUUUCUGUGUUGUUCAUGUUAAAAGAAUUAGAAAAAAUUUUAUUGGCUCAUUAGUUGCUUUGUUUUCCCUUCCAGGAAAAGUCUGUUUUGUUAAUAGACUGGGGCAUGAUCUCAGCUGUAGAUUAUAGUAAAAAUUCACAUGAAGCUUCUACAUAUACUUGAACUAGAAUAAGCACAAGACAUUUAUGUUGUAGGGAUCCUAAUGUCUUUUAUGAUAUAAAUAUUGCACAAGGAAAACUUACAUGGGAUAUAAAAAAAUCUUUACAAUCUGUACAUGUUUUUUUCCUUAUUUUUUUACAUGAGAUACCAAGACACAAAUUCAUAAACAGGAAAAGGCAAGUCAGUUACCAAAGAAAGUAAGAAGUGCUGUUUACAAGACAUUUAUCUGCCUCAUUUUGGCAGAUAAAUGAAUGCCCGAACUUAUUUCAAGUUAGUAGAAGACACAAAAGUUUGUAUCGGAGGUUUUGAAAAACCAAAACAUUUAUUCCAGAUUAUUUCUGUGGGCUCCAGUAACUCUGUGUAGCUCAGUGCAUAACUACUAAUUUACACACUAAUAUUAAUUGAUCCUUGUCAGAUGUGAAAUCUUAUGCAUUUCAGUGAUAAAUUCUGAAAUGUUUGAGACCCUCGCUGUGUUGAUUUGGCUGACAUUUCCAGUUCCUACAGAUUAUAGAUAAUUUACACAGAAAAUAAACUAACGUGGCAUCUGUAUUUUGGAUGGAGGGUGAGAGGAAAAAAAUCAUGGUGCAUGAUACUGUUCAAAGUUGGUUCCAUGUAAGGUAAAUAGUAAAGUGCUUUAAGUUUACAUACCAGGUGGUGUACAACAGCAGCCCUGCUCUGGGUAUUUGAGUUUGAAUUUGAGAAAAUUUGUGUGUAAAAUGGUUGUUUAAAAGUACUAACUGGAAGCUAAAUGUCACAAAAAUCGAGUACAAGGAGCUAUGCAAAUGGAAACUUGCCUUUGAUCAAAGAAAUGUCUUAAAUUAUGUGAGUCUCCCAAGGGAGCUACACUGUACAUAUACUUCAUAUUCUGGUUAAGAGUUUUGGCCUUCGGUGUGGAACUUGUAGUUGACAUUGUAUUCUUGACAGUUGUUCAACAUCAGUAUAAAUUUCAAGUCAGCUUGGUACCAGGCUUUCUAAGCAUGGCGGGUAAGCCCUCCCCUCCCCUUGCUGCUCUCCUCUCCCCCGCCCCCCCAAAGAAAAUGCUCACAUGAACAUUUUUAAAGCAAUAAGAGAAUGACAAGAAUUUGUGAACAGUUGCCCAGGCAACUGAAUGAGUCCAUUAAUCAUUAGCCUUCAUUAGAAAAUUUCACAGGACACCUACUUGUCAUUUUGCUGAACAAUAGUUGGAAACAAUUUCUUACAUCUUUUAACAGACUGAUCUUUGUAUUUGUGAAUUUGUAUAAAUGACUAAAGUAGUUUAAAUCACUUCCACAUUUCAUGAAGGAGGAAAUACAAUUCCAAACCACAUGCAUGAUACUGUAUAUAUACACUGUACACAUAUGUAUACUGUGAGCUGUGACCCUUAAGCCUUUGAUGCAGUUUAUUUCUAGAUAGUAUUUAUAGUGAAAAUAAGCACAAGUUCAGUUCAAAGAAUAUUCUUCAGUUUCUGAAAUAAAGGUGGAACAUGAAGAAUUACACUCUACUUUUUUUUAAAGCCAUAAGUGUCUAAUUCUGUCCAUUGUAGAUUAUAGAAUAAACACCUUGUUUGUGUUAUUUUAGCUAACAGCCAGGUUUGCAAGUACUUCAUUUGGUUACUUACUAAGACUGUGAGACUAAAACAAUGAAGUGACUUGGAAUUCAAUGUCACGUUGCUUUAACAUGCUUCUAAAGAAAUUGUGGCUUCAUGUCAGUAGUUCCUGUGCAGGACGACUCAUGGGAGUGUGUGUGUAGUGAGAAGGGAAGGGAAAUAGGCUAAUGGAUUACAUCUGAGGUAGUACAGUAGGAAACAGAUUCCUAAAAUCUGAUGAUGGGAUGUAGAAGUAAAUCUUUUUGGAAUGCAGGUAAUUUUCUACUACAAGCAACCUUUGAGUAAAAGUAAGUUAAUAUUCAGUUCACAGAAAACCUAGGGGUAAAAGGAAACUCAUUUUCUGGGGACUAGUUCAAAGGAGACAGUAGCCAGGCAGGCUACAUAGGAGAAGCUGGCUUACACUUCUGCACACUUUUGGUAUGAGUCCCAGGGAAUAAAGUUUGUGUUACAAAUGCAAUUCAUCAGCUUCUGCCUGUUGAGUUAACCAGACUGGUAAACAAUACUGCACAGUCAGAAUCUUAGGUUAAAAAAAAGAGGAACUGGCUUUUCUGUAAGUACCCUUUGAAAAGCCUGUCAGUGUAAUGUUCCCCUAAUAAGCCUAAGAAAUGUGAACUUUGUUGUGAUCAGCUGUGUUCCUUGAGUUUCUGGGCUAAGAACAGUCACCCUGCUCCAUCUGAGCCAAGACAUGAUUGCUUCUAGCAAGUUGGAGGGUUUCUAUUUUCUCCUGUGCAUACUUCAGCUGUGUCUUCAGGGCAUCAUUAUCUGCUUUCAGAGUAUUUAUUUCCUAAAGAGACGAGAAAGACAGGUUAAUAAAGCAGCAAAGGCUAGCAAAUCAGUAUUGGGAGUAAUGCAUAUGUGAUUGGCAUUCUCCUAGUCACUAUUACUAAAAAUUAGGAACUAUAACCAUGAAUUAUUUUUUCCUGAAGAGAAAUAUCAAAUGAGUAUGGUCAAAUAUCAAAUGAGCAUGGUCAAACAGCAGUUUUUGUUAUAUUAAAGAUGGGAAUGGCUAGCAUUUGGAGUAAAGCUGUCUGAGACAAUAGGUUGAUAAUGACAAAACCUUUGGAUGAUGUGCAACAGGAAUCCUAAACUUAGCAGAUACAGUCUUUGAUGAGUUCUUAAGUACAGCAGCAGCGGAUCAGAAUUCUGUAAUGAGACAGUAUAGUCCACCCAAGUCAUUAAGUCACUCCUCUUCCCCGUUCAUUGAAAACUAAUAGACUCUUGAUGUAGGUGGGAAUUUUAAUCUGCUCUCUGCACUGGGAGUUUUUUACCUAAUUUACCAUGAUCUAAGGAGAUGCAGCAGCUAAUUUCCAGUUUUGUCUUUCAGUCAAAUAUUUUAUAUUGCAUUGAUUACUCCAAAAGAAUAGAUGGGCCAUUUCUGGGUAAUUUGGGGGUACCUUAAGUUUUUCAACCUAAAUGAUCCAGGUAGCUGUUUACUAGCUACUGUAAAAUAUUGAGUAUUUGCUGUAUGUCAGGUACUGUGUUACACAGUAACAGUAUUUUAACUGAGAAAUAGUCCACACAUUACUGGUAUAUCUCAAUUUCACAGAAGCAAAAAAUGUUGCCAUACAGUAUUAGACUGGGGAUUUGAACACCGGUAUAUGUGACCCUAAAAGUGUUUACUUUUUCUUCUGUGCUGAUUUAGUGGUUUAUGCAUUUAAAAUAUUUAAUAUUAAUAUUAUAAAGCAUUUACAACAUUAAUAUAGUUUUUGAAGUAUAACUGACCUCAGCAGUAGUUGCAGGUGUACAACCUAGUGAUGUGACACGUGUACACACUGAAAUGACCACCCUAUGUCUAUUUACACUCACACUUAAAUUUCCAAUGCAGUGCUAAUGACUAGUUCUCAUCCUGUAAUGACAUCCCUGUGAUGUCCUACUUUUUAACUGGAAGUUUGUGCCUCUUGAUCCCCUUCACACCAGUAUGUGAUUUCUGUAUUACUUACUUCACUUAGUAUAACACCCUCCAGGUCUUUCAUAUGCUACAGAUGUCAAGAACGUGAUACUUGCUGUGACUGACUGAGUAGUGUUCCAUUUCAUAUACACUGAUGUGCUGCGAUGCCGUUUACAACAGUGGAAUGACUCUAGAUGGUGGUCCUUAAAUAACCUAUGUGUGUAAUAGGCUGUACUAGCUAAGUUUGCAGAAAUGCACUUUAUACCUUUCUACAAUGACAGAAUUUCCUAGUGACCAUUCCUUAGAAUGUGUCCCUGUGGUUGUGAGAUCAUGACUAGACACCACAUAUUUAUCCAUCGAUGGCUACACGGUUUCCGUAUCUAGGUUACCCUCCAAAAUAUGGGUGGCCACUGCGGGGAAUAUUGGGUGCACAUAGUUUUUUAAUUAGUGGUUUCUUUUGCUUCAGGUAAUAUAGAGGAGUAGAACUACUGGAUCAUAUGAUAGUUUUAAUUUUUUUUUUUUUUUUGAAGAAAAUGACAUUGUUUUGAACGACAUAUUGAAGCCAUAUAGUGGCUUCACCAAUUUACAUUUUCACUAAGUGUGUAAGGGUUCUCUUUUCACCGUUACCAGCACACACUUCGCAUCUUUUUGAUAACCAUUUUGAUGGGUGAGGUGGUGUCUCACUGUGGUUUGUAGAUUAUCUUUUCUCAUUCAGUAGGUUGGCUUUUCAUUUUGAUUUCCUUUGCUAUCCAGUGCUUUCUGGUUUCGUGUAGGCCUGUUGCUGUUUCCCUUGUGCUCUUGGAGUCAUAGCCAGAGAAAAACAAGGACCACUGUCCUUGGUCCUUGUCAAAGGACUGUCAAAGGACUUACUGCCCAUGUGUUCUUAACAGAUUUUUAUGAUUUCAGGUCUUACAUUAAAGUCUUUAUUUCAUUUUAAUUUUUGUGUGUGGUGUAAAUAGUGGUCCAGGUUUGUGUUUGUGUGUGUGUGUGCUUUUUCCGUUGGUAUGUGGCUGUCCAGUUCCCAACAGUGUUUACUGAAGGGACUGUCCUUUGUUGCAUAUUCUUGUCUUUGUCAUGUAUGUAUGGGUUUAUUUCUAGCCUCUAUUCUGGUCCAUUGAUGUGGUUUUAUUUAUGCCAUUUCCAUACUGCUUUGAUUACUGUAGCUUUAAUAGUUUGAAACCUCAAUGUUGGUUGCUGUCGAAUCCCACUAGUGUGUUUUUCCGUUACUCUGUUUUUCAGCUUUUGGAGCUUUCUUACAUUUCCCUCUUUGUGGAAAUUGCUAACACUGACAAUGGCCUUAGCAGUCCUUGUUUUUCUUUGGAUAUGACUCCAAGAGCACAAGGGAAACACAGCAACAGGCCUACACCAAACCAUGCAUCUCCUGAGUUUAGUGAGCAUCUUUAUGACUAUAACUUUAAAAUCUUGGUCAUAUUUUGCUGGUCUUGUUUAUUCAGAACAUAAUCCUCUGUGUCUGUCCUUUGCUUGGCCUCUCUUUCUCAGAAUUAAACUGCUAGCUGAGUCUUAAACUGGCCUUGUACAAGAGAUGAACCUUAUCUUUCAACAUUACCCUAGCUUUUGAUCAUCUCUCGAACCUUUGUGAUUGUCUAAGGAGUCAGAUUUUUUUUCUUGAUCCUGGUUGUUGCAGAUGCCAAGAACUGUUUUAGAUCUGUAGGGCCUAGAAAGAGAAUCGUGAGUCCUUCUGCUCCCACAACAGGCAGAUGUUCCUCCUCAGCCAGCUCUGGCAGGCAGUGUGGUUCACCCUCAGGUACUACCCACGUUUAGAGCAGUACUUUCUAACAUGGUGUCUGCUGGCAUCUCCACAGUCAUUUUCCAGUUUCCUACCCACUCUGGCUGAUGCUUUAAGAUCAUCAAAUGAAUCUAGGCAUGUCUCAAACUGCUGGUCAUGGUUGAAAUGAGCUAGUUCUUGAGUUCUUUAGAAUUGGAACCUAUUCCCUACGGCUCUAUAGGUCCCUUUCACAAAAGGUCUGUUUUCAAAAGCUGUACUUCUUGCCGCUAGUUUCUCCAGUAUAGGUCUCAAGGGUUGGGAUAUUUAAUGUGGGUCACAAACCUCUUAGUCCUCUGGGAAAAGCGUCGUAUUUGUGGGAUCCCGCCAAAAUAUGGGUGGCCACGCUCAUGCUGGAGUUCCGGGCAAGACUGUUUCUCUGCUUCUCCUAGCCUUGUUGUGAUCAUUGAAUCCUUUCACGUGUAUGUGCUGUUCAGCUGGUUUUCAGGGGGAACGCCUACAUGCUUAGUAGUGGAGUUGUUUGUGAAAGGCAAGUUCCUGCUCUUCAAGACUGAUUUGACUAGUUACUAUGAAUGGAACCAGUGAAUUACAUAUAAACAAGUGAUUGUAAGGAUUUUAUUCAGUGGGCAAGUGGGGCUCAAAUAGUGCUUUCAGACAGUUCUGCCCCUUUGGGAGCCACUGAUAAGGAUGAAUGUAAAGAGAGGCAACUGGGAGGUGAGAGGGUUUACCGGCCCACUUGGUGUCACACAGGGUAGGAGUUUUUUCGGACCUAGCUCAUCUGAAAUCAAGCACCCACAUUCUUUUAGCAGGCGGCCAUUGUUACCAAUGUGUUGUUUCUUUCCCUAGGCUUAUGAAAUGUUAAGAUCUGAAGCAAAAUGUAAAGGAUGUGGAAUCCUAAUCCUAAAUUUUACGGAGGAUUAAAUAGGUUAGUUUUACAGCCAACAUAUAUCUAGGCCUGCAAACAGAAAUCUUUGUCCCCAAGACCAAAGUCAAGUACACUUUUCAAUGUUUCCCUCUUUGCUGUUAAAAAUUCCAUUCAGUAUUUUCUUCACCUUAAAGAGAAGGCUUCUGCAAAACCCACACUUUAGCUACCUUCUGAUUGAUUUGACUCUCAAAGCAUGUCUGAAAAAUACUCUAAGCAAGACAGUACCUUUAAUCCAGAAAAUUUGUUUCUGUUCCUAAUGUUGUAUUCUUUGUUCCACAGAUCACAGCAAGAGUUAAUUCAACUCUUGAGAGUGUGACAGGGAAGGAGGUAUAAUAUUCAGGACAACACAGGAAAUCCUACACCCCUCUGGGACUGACUGACUUUAAUAUAAAGUACAAUAACAUAAUAUUUAUAAUAUAAUAUUUCAGGGAUUCUAGCUAGGUGGGUUGUGAUUUUAUGUCUAUUAGUAGGUACUCAAAAACUUUCCUUUUCUCCAAAACUUUAAGGGCAGCACACAGGCAAACCCCCAUUUAAUAAAGAAAGAGAACUAUAAUGUCGGGAUGAAUGUAUUCUUGAUUCUCUUUUUUGUUAAAGAUUUAUGCAUUCAAGAGCUGAGGUGCAGGCCAGAGGUGUGGGGGUUGAGAGGAUUCACCAGAGACAGAGUGGGGAGCAGAACAGGCAGACUGACUGAAAUACACUGCUGAGGGGAGCCAUAGGCGAGACAGGAGAGGUCUGCUGCACCUUGUGGGUAGCUCCCUGCCCGGGGAUCGAACUCGUGCUAUAUUGGCUGCAGAUAGAUAGCUUCAUAGUGCUGUGACUUAACUCCUUGUACCUCCAGGGAGGCCCUCUUCUCUUUCUCUAGAAGGACUGAAGUUACCUAUCAGCAGUAAGAAAUUCUCUCACAAGUCAUCUAAGCCAGACCUUGAGAGUUUUUGUCCUCUAGACAAAAAUGUAAUACCUUAGUAAUGGACUCUGCAGAAUUGUUUCUGGCUAACUGCCUGAUGUCCCCAGCUGUCCCCUCUCCUACUCUGUUUUUCUCUUUUAUUUAAACCUCAUUAUUUCUUUCUUCAAUUUGAUAACUAUUCUCAAACUCCUGUUUUCUUUUGUGGCUAAACUGUCUUUUCUGUCCCUCCAUGAGGUGCCUGUAUGUAAGACACUGUGAGCCUAACAAAAAAACCAAAAAGCAGCUCCUGGUACUACAGUGAUUACCAUUUUAUAGAGUCUAUACCUGAUGUGUUUGCCCUUAAUCCUAUCAAGAGGGAGGCUGGACUAUGGUGAGCUCUACUUUUUUUCCUUUUUGUAGCACACUGAUCAUCUACCUUUUAGGAAGAGGCCUAGUCAACCAUGACGGUGUCAAAACAGCCCUGAAGAGAGGUUGACGGGUCCUCUAGAGGGGAAGAUGUAGGUAAGGCCAUUUAAUGUUCUACCUAGCAAAAGGGUGUGGUGUGGAGUCAGCAUCGUGAAGCUGAGGGAUCGAAACUGGUGUUUCUCAAGGCAUCCAGUGAACAGCACGGGGGCGUGAACUGGCACCUCUUUGGCACUAGGGAGUGUGGUUCAGCCUGUUGCACUCAAGGGCUAUGAGCCAGGGUCCCCACCCUGGUUUCUUUGGGCAAAUGCCAGAAUCUUUUUAUCCUCCAUGUUCAUGCUCUUCCUUCAUUUAGCCUCACUUCUCUUAGAGCCUGAAUAAAAGGAAAAGGUAGGUACCUGUUCCAAGUCGUGGUACGUGGGCAGUCUGAGGUGACGGAGGUCCUCCUUUGCUUUUAUGAGCGAUUCUUUAUUCUCCCAUUUGACAAAAGCCCGCUUUCUUACCAAGAGUGGGCUGGGGCACGGAGACGUGGGGCUGGGGAGCACAUAGAGAGUAUCCUGGGCUGUCUUCCUGGGGGAUGACAGCACAAAGGGGCCCGGAGGACCCUCACUGCCGAGCCAAGAUGGUGAUUCAGUCUGGGUGGCCUUGUGGACGACAGUUCUCUUCAGCCGCACAGAAAUCUUCUGCGAGGACACUCCCAUGAGCAUGAUGGUCCGAUCCUUACUUUCCUCAGUAUGUUCCGCAGCCUCCCCAUUAUGGAAUGUGAAAGGUCCUUCUUCAGGGGCUGGAGGGAGAUACAGGACAUGUUACUACUUAGCGCUGAAAAGCAUCAUCCAAAAUUGACUCCGUAGUUUCAGAUGAGACCUUCCUUGUUACAGGAGUGCCCUGGGUCCACAAUGGAUUCAUUUCGCAGGUAUCCAGUGCAGGGGAGUUAGGGGACUUUUUGUAACCAAGACACUGGGUUGGUAUGGGCAGAAGGCUUUCUGGACAACACCAGUGUCUCUCUUCCACCUUUUCUGUCAGUUCUAUAUUUACCAGUCCAAAUUAUGAACACCAACACUUCUGUGAGGCAGAAAUGCUAAAGAAACUUAGAAGUGUCUCCUCCUCAAAUGGAAACAAGCAAGCAAAUAAAAAGAGAGCCCUUAAAAUUGCAGAAGUGAUUCUAAAAGCCAGGAGGUGUAAGUUUUUAAGAAAGGAAAAGUGGAUAAACAGGUACAAUGAGAUUGAGAAGGAUAAUGGGCUAAGGAAAAAAAUUCACUGGAAAUUUUGAAUUGACAAGCAGGUUCCAUUGGAGAGAACAUUACAAAAUAGAAGCAAUUUGAAUGGGUGACAAGUGUCCCCACUACAGGCACCGCUUAGGACACGGUCACCCUCCAGCUGUGCAUGUGCUGCCCACUGUCUGCCCACAUUUACCCUGCCCAUGAGUGUCCUUCCUGAGGCAGUGUUUGAAGGCCUUCUCUGAUGUGGGUGGGGUCGGGCAGGGAGGAGAUGACUGGAGAAGUGAAAGUCGAGCUACAGCCCCUGUCUACCAUGUUUGUUUGGGAGUUGGUAUGGGCAGCCACUUGCCCCCAUGAAGACGUGCAUUGCAUGUGAUGGAACUGUUACUGCUGGCGAUGAGUAACUCUUAAAACACAGGGGGCCUGAUGCACAGGGCAUGCCCUUGACACUAGUAUUUGUGGUGGUUUCCGUGAAGAGUGGGAAGGACGGAGAUAAUCACCCACCCCCGUAUUUUAUCACCUCUCUCCCGGGAGGAUGUUUCCAGUCUUACCGUGGAGCAGGUCUUUGGCACCCAGUGAGCAAAGGCUGGAUGCUGGUCCCACAGAGGUGCUGUUCUCUGUGGAGGCUGCUGGGUUCUUGGCUCGCUUCUUGCACUCAAACACAACCAGGUCUUUACAUUGUUUGUGGCAGUUCAUCCCGCAGUCUGUGGAGAAGACACCUUGCUCAGGAAUUAUUUCUCCAGUCACAACCUCACUCAUGCAGCGAUCUCUUGUCACCCAUUGCCUCUCCUAGUGUCUGGAACGGGGACACCUAACAUUCCUCAGGAACUCAAGUUUUUCUCACUUGCUCAGCUCUGGACCUCACAGUCCUGGACUCCUCCUGUGAGCUUGGAGGGAGGAGGUGCUGUCCUUGGGAUGCUGCACAAGCUGCCUGCUCUGAGGACACGCGCUGGAGGGUCCCAGCUGU